AUGAAUCGCCAGGAGUUUCUAGAAGGCACUCUGCAGGAGAUCAAGGAACAUGUGGCUCAAGGCAGGGCAACCAGAUUGCUCGUCCUUCUGCCGGAGAAAAUGCGCAAUGCAUCCAUCAUGAGCAAGUCAUGUGACGUUGAUCUGGAGCUGCUUGACGAAGGUCUGAAGGCCUGCGAAGCAGUGAGCGUGGAGUGCCUAUGCUGCAUUUGCCAACAGACGCUGCCCUGCGAUGCGCUGGACAUGCCGGAGGAUCACCGGUGCUUCAACUCGAAGUCCCAGAUCUUGAAGCGCUUGCUGGCAAAGCUGGUCGAUAAGUUCGACCCCUUUGACUACGAUCAUGGAGACAUCACGAGGCUCGUGGUCGCGAGGCAUGCUCAAGCGUGCCAGAUGCAGGCUGAAAAGAGGAGAAAAGUGCGCGAAACGAUCAGCGCAAACAGGCGAUUGGAGCUAAGGGCGAUGCUUCGGGCCGCUUCGAGAAAGAAAACGCUUCGCAUAGAGCGGCUCAGGGAUUCCAUGGGCCAGGAAGCUUUCAGCGAAAUGGUGGAAAGCCAGCUGUGGCAGCGGAGACACCGGGCGUAUGGUGACGAGGGUAGCCGCCUCUGGGAUCAAGCGGAAGACUGGUGGUAUUCCGAUGAGGCUACAGCAUAUCGAGAGGGCCCACCAGAGCCACAGCAAGAGCUGGUCAAAGAUGUCCUCCUACCUCAGCAGAGCUUGCUCCAUCCCUGGAGAUUUCUGCGUCCACCACAAGAUCCUGGAGCCAACCUUGCCAGGGUAGAUGUGGAACUCAGAGUCUCCAGGCAAACCUUGCCCAAGCUGCUUCUAAAGGCAAUGGACCGCAUUUUGGCUCACCAACUGCCAGACCUCCCGUUCAAGUGCUUUAUGCAAGCAAGUGUGGACUUCUGCCGGGACGAGGGCGAGCGGGUGCCAAGUGUACACAUUACCAGCAAGAGAGGGCGGCCAGACGAGCUGGUAUUGUUGGAUGCUGCAUCCUUGGACAACCUGCGGCCCGGCGAUAUCGUGGUACCGAGACGAAUCCUGGAGGUAAAUGGCCGCGUAUUGGGCACAGUAGGCUGGGAAGAUGUUGCUUUGGCGCUCCCACGGCCAUACGACAUGUUUGAUGCGCAGCUCCGCGGACCAAACAUCCAGUCCUCCAGCAAGCUUGCAGUCGCCUGGGAUCUCACAAACUGCCUCGCCACGGCUCAGAUUCAAGUGGUUUGGCCUGGUUCCCCGCAUGUGCUAGUCGUGAAUCUGCAAGGUUCGUCGGAGGAUUGCAUGACUUCGGAAGAUGCCACCAACCGAUUGAUAGCCGAGCUCGACCGCCACCGCCGCAUGUCCUGCCAGUAUUUGCGCCAUCUUCGGCUGCGUGCACAAGCUUGGGAGCAACGCAAGGCUGCAGUCACCCGGUGUCUUCUUGCAGUGGCACGACCUUGCCAACAACUUCUGGGGGCAAUUUGGCGGUCUUGUCGGCGCUUGGGAAUCAUGCUCAAGGACCGCGUUUGGGAUCCGUGCCUCCAUGGCCUUCGAGCUUUCGCAUCCAUGGCCAACCGCGCCUGGUCCUUGGCCGAACCUGCACGCAGAUGGUGUCAUGAUCUGCUAGAAUAUCUGGGGGCGUGCUCUGCACGCGUUUGCAGCCAUUCUCUUCAAUGGCUUUGGAGCAGCGCGAGCGAGCUCGCCAGCUCAAUCUGGGAGAUGGUACAACGCUGUUCCAGAGUGCUGGGGCAGAGACUGCCAACAUGUACACUUCAGCUUCAUGAAGGCCAUCUGGAGUCCUUGUCGCGCUGGUGGGCUUCCAGGCCUUGGCCGCGGAGGGCCGUCGUGGCAGCAGCCGAGGCAGCAAGCAGGCGUCUGUCAGAGGCCGGCCUCGUCAUGCAGCGUUGGUGGUCGUCAAGGCCCUGGCCUCGGCGUGCGGCACGCUCUGCGGCCGACAGGGCAGGUCCCAUUUUGGAACUGGCGCACCGAUGGACCUUGCAGCCACUUGCUCGUGCCUUCAGCGGCUGCUUUGCAGCUGUGAGCUCUGCCUUCCGCAAGGCUUGCAUCCGACUCUUCCCUCCGCGCCGUUCAGUGCGCCUUGCGCGAGUUCGACGACAUGAUGAGCGUCAUGGUUUGGACUGA